UAGCGUAGAGACUGUAGCGUUCGGGUCGCGCCAUCAGCCGCACGCUCUCUCUCUCUCUCCCUCUCUCUCUCUCUCUCUCUCUACGUGUCCGGCUUUUAAACUCUGGGCGAGCCGGGCGCGCGCAACCACACCCCUUUCGCCGGCAAGAGAGACGCUGGCACACAGCGCAUGGAUCGGGAAACUGCGAGGGAGAACGACGCGUUGCUAUCGCUUGUACUCGCUGAUUAUUACUCUGCCGCGUCUUCCUCGCUGUGAUUUUUUUCUUAUACCAAAAACGACCAGUUUACUAUUUCAAUAAACGCCGCGCCAGUGUGUGCGAGAAAGAGUGACUUUGAUAUAUAUAUAUAUAUACACACUUUGUAAGCUUCGAUUGUAAGAGAAGUAAAAUGGGCGGAUGCACAUCCAAGGAUACCGCUUCGAGCGACGAUAAAAAAGGCGGAAUGGUUGACCAGGCAGUGCUGGACAAGUUGGAGGCCGGCUUCACCAAGCUCUCCACCUCCGACAGCAAGUCCCUGCUGAAGAAGCACCUGACCAAGGAGAUCUUCGACGCCCUCAAGACCAAGAAGACCUCCUUCGGCUCGACCCUCCUCGAUGUCAUCCAGUCCGGUGUCGAGAACCUCGACUCCGGCGUAGGCAUCUACGCUCCUGACGCCGAGUCCUACACCGUCUUCGCCGACCUCUUCGACCCCAUCAUCGACGACUACCACGGCGGAUUCAAGAAGACCGACAAACACCCGCCCAAGGACUUCGGCGAUGUCGACACUCUGGGAAAUCUUGACCCGACCGGCGAGUUCAUCGUGUCCACGCGUGUGAGGUGCGGUCGCUCGAUGGAGGGCUACCCCUUCAACCCCUGCCUGACCGAGGCCCAGUACAAGGAGAUGGAGGAGAAGGUCUCGAGCACUCUGUCCGGCCUCGAGGGAGAGCUCAAGGGUACCUUCUACCCGCUCACCGGCAUGAGCAAGGAGGUCCAGCAGAAGCUCAUCGACGAUCACUUCCUCUUCAAGGAGGGUGACCGUUUCCUCCAGGCUGCCAACGCCUGCCGAUUCUGGCCCACCGGACGUGGUAUCUUCCACAACGACGACAAGACCUUCCUUGUCUGGUGCAACGAGGAGGACCAUCUCCGUAUCAUCUCCAUGCAGCAGGGUGGUGAUCUUGGACAGGUCUACCGUCGCCUGGUGACAGCCGUCAAUGACAUCGAGAAGAGGAUUCCCUUCUCCCACCACGACCGCUUCGGUUUCCUGACCUUCUGCCCGACGAACUUGGGUACCACCGUUCGUGCCUCCGUGCACAUCAAGGUUCCCAAGCUGGCCGCUAACAAGGAGAAGCUCGAGGAGGUCGCUUCCAAAUUCAACCUCCAGGUCCGUGGAACCCGCGGUGAGCACACCGAGGCCGAGGGUGGCAUCUACGACAUCUCCAACAAGAGACGUCUGGGACUCACCGAGUACCAGGCCGUCAAGGAGAUGCACGAUGGCAUUGCCGAGCUCAUCAAGAUCGAGAAAGAGCUUUAAAGGGUUUUCACCCUUCUAGGAGCUGCGAGAAAUUCUCUCUCUCCAAUCAUCCUCCUACCCCGUCCUAUUUUUCUCCCACCUGGUAUACACCAAAAGUCAACAACAAAAGUAAUAAGAAAACAACAAGAUACCUACACGCAUGUUAAGCAAACGUGGAUAACGAGAACAACGGCGCGAGUCAAGAGGGUGGAAUUGACAACGCGAAGAAAACUCCUAUUUAACAACGUGCGAAACGAUUGAUAGUAAUUUGCUAACGUAUAUUAUAUGAUAUGCAUACGAUAUAUUUUAUGUUGCGCAUUUUUGUCGAAUCUUCGCGAGCGUUUUCCCCGUGGAAACGUUCGUUGGAGUAACUUACGAAGUAUUGUUGAUUGUUAUAUAUUGUAUUGUCACUCGGGUAACAACAUUGAAACAAAGAGAUACAAAAACGCUUGAGACUUUUGUUGCGAGCCGGACGAACUAUCAAAUCGAGCGUUGUGUCCAAUUCUGCCUGGAACAAGAGCGAACGCGACGGUUGAGAUGAAAAAAAAGUUCGAUGAGUUCCUUAUAUUUUCAUUAAUGAACGUGUAUUACGUGAGAUGUAUUACUAUUAUUAUAAAUGUCCGGAGAAACGUGGAUGGGAGGCGUUAGAUAAAAAGAAAACGAUUAAAAAAAAAUAACCAAAGGAGAAAAAACAGGAUACCGCGAGCAGCUUGUACUAUACGAUUGUAUGUUGUGAUUUUGCAGUAUUUACUCGGUUUCUUUUUUUCCUCCUCCCCUUUCUUUUGUAUUACCGUUGCACGGAGAAACACUCCUGUGCUACCGCUUGAUUUUUGCGUUCUACUCAUUUCAAAUGAUAAAUAAUAAAUAACGUACAGAGCAUGAGUAGGUAGAGUGACAAACACUAGGUCAUCUAGAGAUUCAAGAACUUAGAGAUUCACGGAUACUCGGUAUUCGUAAUAAAAAUAAACUCGCUCUCCGCUUUUACUUUUUACUUGGUUUCGUUCGUAUUAUUAUUCUACUACUCGUUUAUUUACUCAUUAUACAUUUGUAUUUGUGCGCUGGAAUAUUGUUUAAAAUGGCGACGCGUAUAGUCACUCGUGCUGUCAGACGUUUUAUUGUGAUCGUUUCGUUGGAGCGAAGCGCUUUAAAUGAAAAAAACUAAUUAAAAAAAAAAUGUGAAAAAAAACAAACAUUGUAUUUUAGAUUAUAAAAGCAAAAGCACACCUGGCGCUGCUGUAAGUUUCUUUCCGAUCAUUAAAGAUUGAUUUUAAAAAAAUGGUAGUGCUUGCGAUCGGAAACGAAUGAGAACUACUAGUCCGGAUGGAUAUGAAUGGCGAUUAUGUCGAAGAAAAAUACUUCACACAACAUUAUGAAUGUUUAAAAGAAACUUUUAUUCCGAAGAAUUGUCCUUAUGGUUGGAUAAAAACGUAUUUGAUUACUUUGAGAAAAACGCUUAUUGUCUUUAUUCAAGCUACGUGUUCGAUCUUUUUUAUCGACUGAGCGAAAAUCCAAAAAAAAUUGUGAUCGAGGAAUUUUUGCAAACCGGACGAAUGAAGUGCGCGCGUGCGAAACGCUGUGCAGUGUUUGAUUAUCUAUCCAAAGAAGGCCAGAUGUAUUGAAAAUACAAGAUUAGAACACGAAUAAAAGACGUACACCUUAAA